CACCAGGCCCAGCAAACGACAGGGGAUCUAUGACGUCAAAGGGCAUCAAGCACCGCCUCCACAGAAGAAGAUCAACACCUACUUCAUCACUGCCUGUUUAGCCCCGCCCACCGAUUCGCCCAUGACGUAAUAAAUAACAUAGGCCUACAUGGUGCUAAACCAGAUCGAGCUACCAAGCAUUAAACAUGCCGUUGAGGAUUGCAAAAUAUUGUGCAGUGCCUGGACUCGACAGUAAUGCGACAUGCUGACGUACUAUGCAGAUGUUAGCUUCCUUUAGAAAAAAAAAAAAAAAGACUUUGAGCUGUGACCACUACUUCCACUUGAUGCUAUCGAACAGAAACUCACAGUCACGAAGAGCUGCGAAGAUGCUGUAUGUUCUGAAAUACAGUUUUCUACUGAUCAGUAUUUGUAUAAGAAGCAUGUCAUGGGCAGCUACAUCGGUGCAAGUAAUCAAAGGUCCUGGGCAUGAUAUCAUCAUCGAGUGCUCUGCUGAUAAAACACCUCAGGAUGGAGUGUACAUGUACAAACAAGGAGAAGCAAGUAAACAACAGGAAAUCUUCUACUUCUACAAACCAAAGCAUCUUACCUAUAAAACAAUGAAUGAAUCCAAAGUCAGUGUAAUUGGAGAACUUCCCAACCUUACUGUCACCCUCUUAAAUGUAAAUGCCGAAGACAGUGGGCUUUACUGGUGUGAAUUUAAUUUGGAAGAAAAAACUACUUUGGGCAUGUACACUUGGUUAUGGAUAGAAGAAAAAGAAAAAGAAAAAGAGUGCCCAAAAGAGUGCCCAAACGAGUGCUCACAAGAGCAUCUUGUGAGCACUCCUCGUAUGAUGAUCAUUUUGUGUGCUGUCGUUGCCGGGUUCCUAUGGAUCCUUGGUAUCAUCUAUAUGAUUCGGAAGGGCUGUUCGGGGAAGAAGAAACAAAAACCAUCAAAUGUACCCUCAGACUCAGUUUAUGAAGAGAUGAAACGGAGCAAUUUGGAUGCCCGGCCCAAUGUGCGGACAUUCGUCAACCCGGACUAUCAAUCUAGCAAGCAACUUCGAUAAAUACUGCUGAUUGAUAAGGCUUUCGGUUUUCUUACGGUCUAUUUGGAUUAGCAAAGCUUUAAGUUUAUUACUUCAUAUUUGAGUUCAUCUGUAUUUACCUUGUGUGUAAUCAUUGUUUGUUUCUGUAGCCAUCUUUCACUUUAGAAUGUGAGGCAUCAUUCUUUUCAUUUAGUGUUAUAUAAUGUUAAAUGUUAUAUAGUGUUAAAUAUAAUCAUCAAGUGAUUAUAUUUAAAAUACUGUAGAUCAGGAAGAAUUAAAAAUUAGUUCAAGUGUUAAGAAUUUAAAAAAGAUGCAGCAGUUGAAAAGAUAUUGUUAGUUGAUGGACAACAGAAAUGUCAAAUACCUUACUUGUGGUUAUGUUUGCACAUGCAUGUGCAAAGGAGCCUAAAGAAUGUUGUAAAGUACCUGUUAGUUUCAGUCUGACACUAAGUAGGCCAAUGGUGAAUUGACUGAUGGAAUUAAAGUACAUAAUCAUAUUUCACUCCUCUGUUCAUAAUAAUGGCAAUCAGAAAAGCCUAUCAUGGAAAACUUGAAACUAAACAUAUCAUAAAUGAUGGGUACUUGUUUGAGUUUGUAUUUGACUUUCUGAUGUUCAUUUCGCCACUUGGGUUUACACUCUUAACCAAUUACCUUCCUUUGCAGUUGUGGUCAUGUUUUCUUCCUCUCUAUAACCUUUUAGAAUGCAUCAAAACAAGCUACACCGACCUGUUUCUUGUGUCAACUAACAAUGUUAGUAUAGUUUUAAAUAUAAAGACUUUUACUGUAGUAAACGUGAUCAAGUAAUGUGUGAUGUUUUACUCUUCAUUCAGCAUGGUUGCAUUUGAAUGUAUUGUAUUUUAUUUAGUAUCUCUAGUACAUUGUUGUUCAUAAUACUGUAUUGCAAGCCUUAACAUUGUAAAAAAGCAAUAAUACAACAAAAACAUUAAACAACUGUCAAAAUUAUUUUAAA